GAAAGUGAAACCUAAAAUCCUCGCGAGAUGAUCGCCGUUCCCGAGUGAGAGUGGGUGAAGACGCUUUCAAUGGACCCAUAGCGUGUUUUUUGUUGUAUUUCACGGGGUUUGCGCUCACGUGACGCGGCGUGUUAUCCACGCAGCAUGGAACCCGGAGAGGAGAUGGACCAAAGCCAGCAGACUCCAGUCAACGGGAAACAUUAUGAGUGGCAGCUGUCACAUGGACCUCAGUGGCUGCCGAUUGACAACGACCAUGUGAUCGAGACCCACUACUGCCAACCUGGAGCCAAAGGAAUCACCAUCCACAUGUGCCACAAGCAGGUGCACAUAGACUUUGAUAAGUUAGAGACUCAGACUGCAGGUCUGGGGGUCCAGAGACUCAGCCUCCUCCCUCUGGGCCAGACGGAGGACGUAGGCUGGUACUUCAGAGACGACCAGCUGUGGCGUGAAUACGGAUCCACGAGCUCCGGCACGUCGUCCUCCUCGGUCGGCAGCGGAGACGUCGAGCGUCAGUUCGCCCUGAACCCUCGGGGAACCUUCAGCUUCACGGUGGGCUCCACGGGCUACACGCUGGACUUCUCCACCAUGACACAAACAAACUGCGUCACAGGCCUGCGCAGGAAUGUGCGAAGGCGUCCAAAAUUCACUUCCAACACGGGGAGCGUUCACGCCAGCUCAGUUUCCUCCUCCCAGCUCACUGACGGAGGCUACAAGUGGGAGUUCAUGGGAGACGAGGGGAAGUGGACUGAAUACGAAGCACAUAUAUGUUCUUUUGACAGCGCUGCCAUCGAGAGACACUUCCAGCAGAAUCCACAAGGCCAGCUGCACUUCCGGAUCAAGAGACACUCGUACAUGCUGGACUUUUCAAAAAUGUGUCAAGUCAACGACAAACUCGGGACGGAAAGAGCAGCGAGGAGGACUGCCGACGACGGGAGUCAACGGAACAGCAGUUCGGGCACAGGACCACGAUGGCAAUUUCAAGAUAACGGUGGAAUUUGGAAAGAUUAUUCCGAAGGAAGCAGCAUCUCCAGUCAGGACAUCGAGCUCCAGUACCGGCAGAACCCAUCAGGCACCGUGAUGUUUACCACCAAAAGCUUCAGCUAUGAGCUAAACCUCUCAGCCAUGAGUCAGAAGAACCUGUCCACGAGCACCAGCAGACCUGUGCGACGACUUCACCAGUGAGACGACAAAAGGGUCGGAGGUCAACCCAAUGUUGAAUUAUUCAGUUUGGUUUUUCACAAGCUUCCUCAUCUCUUUUUGUGAGAUAUUAUUAAUAUAUACUUAACAUUUUAAUCUUUAAAAAAAAAUAUAUAUAUAUAUAUAUAUAUAUAUAUAUAUAUUUCCCUCUCUUGUUAAAGUAAGGGAAAUAACUUAUUAUAAAAUAAAAAAUUAAUUAUUGGGGAAACGACCUUCACGUCUAAUUUACCUUGAAACCAAUGUUUCAUAUAAGUGCCUAUUUUAAAAUGCAUCUCAAAAUGUUGAGUCAUGAAUACUAUCAGAGCACUUGAAAUGUUUACCUUUUGACAAGAUACCUCUCUUAACAGUAAACCAAAGGAUGUUAACUUUGACGUUGCAUUUAAUACUGCCAACUAAUUAAAUGUACAUCUUAAAAUGUUCGCUCACACUGCCAUGUAAUCAUCUCCUUUCUAAAUUAAAGUUGCAUGCACCCCCCCCA